GGACGUUACAACCUCAAGACCAUAAUGAGUGAAAAGAUUUACCAAGGAGAUGAUUUUGACGCCAAAGUCACCAAGCAAGUGGAAUUCUACUUUUCGGAUAGUAAUUUGCAGACUGACAGAUUCUUGUGGAAAAUUUAUGAAGCUAACGAUGGGUGGGUAGAAUUAAAGACCAUUUUGACCUUUGGUAGAAUGAGACAAUACAGACCUGAAGACAAGGUCGUUGAGGCUUUGAAAAAGUCCGAUAAGUUGGUCUUAAGUGCCAACAACGAGCUGAUUAGAAGGAAGGAUCCUUUGAAGGAAUUUAACGAGUUGAAGAACUCCAGAAAGAGAAACACUGUUCACAUUGAAGGUUUCCCUAAGACUGCUACGCAAGAAGAUUUGGAAGAUUUUUUCAACACCAAGGUGGCUGGCAACUUGCCUGAAGAAAAGGUUAUUAGUUCGAUUCGUAGAAUCAAAAACAAAAGUACUAAGGAAUUCUUUGGUGUUGUUGAUGUUGAAUUCAAAAGUACUAAAGAUGCAGAAUUUGUCUUGAAUGAAAUGGAAAUUGUCUACCCAACUGGAUUGAUUUCCAAGAAUGAUGAAGUUACCAAAAAAGAUGUUUUAAAGAAGAUGUCUCUCUUGACUUUCCAAGAAAUGAGAGAAAAUGGUAAAAGAUUUGGAAUCAACGAUGUUACUAAGAGAAAGAACAGUUUCAACUCCAACAAAGAUGUCAAAAAGUUCAAACAUGACCAGAAAAAGGCCAAAAAGGAAACUACUGAAGAACUGGUUGUGGAAGAAGAAACCACCAAGCCUGCUGGAUCAGCAGAGUCUGAAUCUGCUGAGCCAGCUGAGACCUCUGCUUCUGCUCCAACAUCAGAUGAAACCCCUGCUGCAACCGAAUCUGCCUAGUUCACAUUUAUUAUGUACAUUAUUCCGACAGCUUUCCUCCUGUAUUUAUGGGCACUAAUACACACUGGUAUUUUGUAGAAUCAUACACCAAGGUUUUUCGCAGU